AUGUGUACGGGCUCGAGCUCGGACUCGAACUCCAACUCCAACUCGAAUGGGUGGAGCCGAGCUCCAGGAAUGGUGCUGAAGACGCUGGUAGUGAUCGGCGGUGCAGUCUUGUUGAAACGCCUCACCAAGUCUACGACCCGGUGGGACCAUGCCCGAAGUGUCGCUCAAUCCCUUAGCGGCGAAAAGUUCUCGAGAGAGCAAGCUUCUAAGGAUCCUGAUAAUUACUUCAAUUUGAGAUGGCUUUCAUGCCCGGCUGCAGAGAUGGUGGAUGGUUCAAAAGUUUUAUACAUUGAACAAGCGUUUUGGAGGACUCCUCAUAAGCCCUUUCGGCAGAGAUUUUAUAUGGUGAAGCCGUGUCCAAAGGAGAUGAAAUGUGAUGUUGAGGUAAGUACGUAUGCCAUUAGAGAUGCGGAAGAGUACAAGAACUUUUGUGAUCGGCCAAAGGACCAGCGCCCACAAGCUGAAGAAGUUAUUGGGGACAUUGCAGAACAUUUGACCACCAUAUAUGUCAAGCGCUGUGAACGCGGAAAACGCUGCUUUUAUGAAGGUUCAACUCCACCAGAUGGGUUCCCUAAUUCCUGGAAUGCUGCGGCAUACUGUACCUCGGAACUUGCAGUCUUGAAGAACAACGAGAUACACACCUGGGAUAGGGGCUAUGAUGAUGAUGGAAACCAAGUUUGGGGAGUGAAGGGAGGUCCUUAUGAGUUCAAGCCUGCACCUGCUUCAAGCUUUGUUGAUAUGUUUUCUCCUUUAAAUUUUCCUCCUCAGUCCAUAGAGAAAAGGAUAGAGGGUUCCUUUGUCCUCCAAGAAUGA